UCGUUUAAAUUUUUUUUAGUGUUUAUUGGAAAUCAGAAUUUAAUAAGAAAUAUUUACAUAUGUAGAUCGCUUUAUUUCUGACAUUAAAAUUCCGUAAAUGGAACAAGUUUUACGUAUUAUUUAUAGGAUUUUGGUUUUAUAAUGUUUAACAUACUGUUCAUAGUGGAAACUAAUUUUGUUUUUGUUUUCAAUCAUAACAGAAAAAUUUAAAAUAAACAAAGUAUUCGUAGAGAUAACUAUCACGAUAGUUAUAAUUUUUUUUGAGUAAAAUGCAGUGACAGAAUAAGUGAAAAAGCGUCUUAGAAUUGACCUGUGCUAAUUCAAAAAGUACAUUGCAGCAACUUAACCUAACUCGUAAAUCUUCAACUUGAUAAAUAACGUGGUUGUUUCAUAAUUUUAUGUCAUAACAGUCCACAAACGUUUGGAAAUUAACCUACAUGAUAUUGGUACCUGGUACGUUACAAGUUCCGUGACGAUUGCAAGAUGAACUUCCUCUGCCAAAAAUUCUCUCAGGUUCUUAGUAGAACUUUAAACACGAGCAUUCUGCCUUCAGUGCCACAAGGUCGCGGCGCCGGCAUGGCCACGCUGAUCCAGAUGCACCGCUCGGGCCCGCACGUGAAGACGCGCCCGCCGCGACAGCCCUUGGACGGCAAGCCCUUCGCCAAGGGCGUGGUGCUGCGCACGCUCAUCAAGAAGCCCAAGAAGCCCAACUCGGCGAACCGCAAGUGCGUGCUGGUGCGCCUGAGCACGGGCAAGGAGAUGGUGGCCUACGUGCCGGGCAUCGGCCACAACCUGCAGGAGCACAAUAUCGUGCUGUGCCGCGUGGGGCGGCUGCAGGACGUGCCCGGGGUCAAGAUCCGCUGCGUGCGCGGCAAGUACGACCUGCCGCACGUCGUCAAGAAGUAGCGCUGCUGCCCCUGCCAUGUACUGUCCGCUUUGUUUCGGCAUUAAAACUUUUUGAAACCAA